GUCCCCCAAGAGGGCUCACGAGAGGGCGUAGGUCGCUGACUGUCCAGCGGUCAGACACAAGUCCUCCCAGGCCGUGCUGGUGGAGUGCCCGUGACCCAGUCGGGAUAUCAGUCCGAGGUCCUUGGGAACUGCAGGACAGGAGCGGGGGAGGCCUGAGCCCCUCUCACCUGAGCCCCUCUCACCUGAGCCCUUGCUCCAAAACAGGAGGCAGCGCGAUCACCUAGGAAGACCACGUUCUUCUUCUCCGCUUUGGAUGCGAAUAGAGACAUGUACAUCAGCCCUGAGGAGUUCAAGCCCAUUGCUGAGAUGCUGAGAGUGAUGUCAGUCACUGACUUUGAGAAGGCUGAGGAGUUGUUGAAGGAGGAGAGUUCCUCUCUCAAAGAGGAGAAGCUGACUGUAGUAGCUCGAUUCCAGCCCCUGCUACUCAACACCAUGUCAAACAGUAAAAAUGGUUUCAAAGAGAUUUCCGACAUCAUCCUGUCUGGGCUAAAAAACUGGACAGCCCCUGCAUUAUCAUCCAGUGUGUUCUCUGUCAGCCAAUUCAAAGCUUUCCUGCCCCCAAGGAAUGAUAUGGAGCUGGGUGAGCCCUGGUGGAUCAUUCCAGACAUAAUGAUUAAUGAGACAGGUGCACACCUCUCUGACAACCGCUUCUAUCCACCACCUCCCAAAGGCAAGGAGGUCAUCAUCCACAGACUGUUGAGCAUGUUUCACCCAAGGCCCUUUGUGAAAACCCGCUUUGGGCCCCAGGGCGCAGUGGCCUGCCUCACGGCCAUCAGUGACUCCUCCUACACUGUGGCUUUCAGGAUCCAUGCCGAGUUCCAACUCAACCAACCACUCCACUACCCUUUCUGGUUCUGUCCAAGCCAGUUCACUGGACACAUCAUCCUCUCCCAAGAUAGCAGCCAUGUCCAAGAGUUCAAGCUCUUUGUACCCAAUGAAAGGUCUGUGAACGUGGGUAUGCAGUGGUUGUAUGGGCCCCUUAGGAAUCCAAAUGUGGACCUUGGUUAUCUCCCUCAGAUGGAGCUGGAGGCCUCUGGCCCUUCAGUGCCAUCUGUGAUCCAGGAUGAGGAAAGCAACGAGAUUGACAGCUGUCUGCCCUCAGAGGAGGCUGUCCAGUUUGAAAUGGAGGACAUUGUGUGGCAGCAGGAGCUGAGAAGGGAGGAAGCUGCCCAGCAGCUGGAGAGGGCUAUGUAUGCCUUCAAGAAGGUCCAGUACUUACCUUUCACCAAAGCUUUUGACAGAGCUAGAGCUGAAAAUAAGCUGGUACACUCAGUCAUUCUAUGGGGAGCCCUGGAUGACCAGUCUUGCUGAGGUUCAGGACGCACUCUUCGAGAGAUUGUCCUGAAAAAUUCAUCAAUCCUCACCCUCCUCAAUGAGAAAUUCAUCAGCACUUGGUCCCUUUUGGGGGACCUAGAAGAGCUACUGAAUGAAGAGAAUGAAUUCUAUAAGAAGCUGGCUAAGCUGCAAUUGGAGAAAUACAGGUUCCCUGUGGAAUCACUGGUCUGCCUACCCAAUGGGACAGUGGUCAACAACAUCCACGCUAAUGACUUCUUGUUCAAGACUCCCCCAGAACAUCAGGAAAAUGAAAAAGUCUUAGCUAUAUAUUCGCCUAUGUCCUUCAAAUCUCCAGAGAUCUAUGAAGAAUUCCUGAGAGAGGGACUGCUCAGAGCCCAGGCCUUCCUCCAGCGCUAAGGCCCCUGUAAGGAUCAGGGACUGUGCAAAUUCUUUACUCAAAGCAAGCUUCCCCCAGUCCUCAGAUCUGACAUUUCCCUACCCCCUACAAUAAGGAGUAUGGAUAUGACCCUAAAGUCAAAGUGGUCUUUAGUACACUUCAAACUCACUGAUUGCCUCUCUCUACUAAGAAGCAUCCGAUAUCACCCACUUUGAAAAUCCAAAUAAUGACCAAAGAUUCCAUGUUUCAGCCUCCCUUUUGCAAUUCCAGGGCCCUGAUGUUAGUGUCUAAAUGUAGCAGAGUUUCUUCUGACCAUGUGACACAGGGUUGCAGUAGCCCCAAAGGAAUUCCCCAAGAGCUUAGAAGCUAUCAAUGGUUUCUUAAGAGAGCAUCAAACCAAAUUGUCUUUUGCUUCUUGGUGAUAACCUCAAUUCUCUAACCUCCUCUGGGCCACCUCUAAUUACUCCAUCCACAGAAAUAGUAACUAAGACCAGUGUAUAUCCACACUCAUUAUGUAUGUGUAAAAGGUUCUUAAUUGUAUUUAAUAUUUCACACAGGAGAUAUUUUUGAUAGCUCCACUGAGUAGGAGAAAGAGAUUCUGUUCCUCCCAGGAACUGUGCCUUAUGAUGGCUAGAUCUUAAAUCCCAGACGGAUCAAGCUUGAUGUCUUCACAGUCUCACCUGGGGGGGAUAAAGUUUCCUCUUCUCUUAAGCAGAACUAUAAAACAUUCUUUUUCUGGGAACAGGAGUAAGUUCCCUGCCAUCAUUUCUCUCUGCUUGCUUUGACCAAGUAGAGAUACUUUUAUUCCUUGGCCCAAGUAUCAGAUGGCAGUCCUAGUAAGCAGGCUGUGACUUUCCCCUAGCUGGCAACUUUCUACCUUUUUGUAAGAUCUGGUGGAGGACCAACUGAAGAGAAGAAACUCUGCAAUUUCCAUGACCAAAACUCAGCCUUUGAUGUUCACCUCCCUCUAAGGAAAAUUUUUAUUUCAUUGCAUUUAAAAUUCUUUGAUGGUAAGAAUUAUGUGUUUCCCAUGUUCUCUAAGUACUUGUAAAUUGUGAAAGCAUGGCAUGAUUAAUAAAUAUCAAUUUUUAACUUUAAAAAAUCCAGUAUAAGUAGUGGCUGGCUGGAUUCUCAGAAGUAAUUAAGAGGGGAUUUGACUAAGGUUUCACUCUCAGGGUUCCCCAGGUUCCCUCUGGCUCUAAGGCUCCCAACAAAAGGAAUGGUGUCGGCUACUAAAUUAUGUUCUCAACCAAAAUGGAUAUCUAUAAUUGGCCAGGACCUGUCAGCCGCACUCGAGCUUCAUAGCCAUGUGUUCAAUCUCCUUUCUUCCCCCAUUCUCGUUAGCUCGAGAAUGCAGCCUGACUCUUCUGUGAUACAUUCAAGUUAAGUGAAUACCAGUGUUUUGGUUGU